AUGUUGGAGGGCCUGGUCGCGAACUUGCUCAACCGCUUUCUUGGCAUUUACGUCAAGAAUUUCGACGCGAAGCAGCUCAAUAUCGGUAUCUGGUCCGGCGAUGUCAAAUUACGCAACCUCGAACUGCGCCGGGAGGCACUGGAUCAGCUGCACCUGCCCUUGAAUGUGGUCGAGGGUCAUGUCGGCCAGCUCACCUUAUCGAUCCCAUGGUCCAAUCUCAGAGGCAAGCCUGUCAAGGUGGACAUCGAGGAUGUCUUCUUGCUGGCUGCGCCAAAGGAAGACGCGGAAUACGAUGCGGAAGAAGAGGACAAACGUGCACAUGCGUUGAAGAUGGACAAGGUGGAAAGCGCCGAGCUGAUCCGUGAGCGCCACGAAGAAGGCAUGAGUCAAGAAGAGCAGCGGCGGAAUCAGAGCUUCACCCAGAGCAUGGUCACGGCGGUUGUGGACAAUUUGCAGAUCUCGAUCAAGAAUGUUCAUAUUCGCUACGAGGAUUCAAUCGCCUCGCCUGGUCAUCCCUUCGCGGUUGGCUUGACUCUGAAGGAGCUCAGCGCGGUCAGCACAGACUCAGACUGGCGACCGACCUUCAUUCAAUCGACCUCGGACACCACCCACAAGUUAGCUACACUCGGAGCCCUCUCUGUUUACUGGAAUACGGAUGCCACUCUGCUCGGUACUGGCCGUGGCUCUGAUAUUGGCGCCGAUGCUCAAGGUAUCGCUCAUGAGGAUUUGAUUAACAAAUUGCGCGACUCGAUUGAUAACGGUGAUGGCAACCAAUACAUGCUUCGUCCAGUCAGUGGCCGCGCAGGCCUCGAACUGGACAAGUCUGGCAAACAUGACCGCCCGGCUAUGAAAGCCCGACUACUCUUUGACGAGCUUGGCUUUGUUCUGGACGACAACCAAUAUCGCGACGCGUUGAUGCUUGUUGACCUUUUCCACUAUUUCAUUCGUCACCAAGAGUAUAAGCGUUACCAGCCAAAGUCUUCCGUGAAGGAGGAUCCUCGUGCUUGGCUCAAGUUUGCGGGAGAAGCCGUUCUCAGCAAGAUUCACGAUCGCAACCGAAGACGGAGUUGGGACUACAUCAAGGAACGCAGAGACGAUCGGAUAACCUACAUCAACCUUUUCAAGAAGAGGAAGCGCGAGGAGACACUCACCGCGGAAGAGACGAAAGAGCUCAACCGGAUUGAGUACAAGCUCAGCUAUGAAGACAUUCGAUUCUGGCGAUCGCUAGCACGUAAUCAGCUGCGCAAGGAGAAAGUGGGCGUCAAGAAACCCGCUCAACAACAGUCAUGGUCACAAUGGAUCUGGGGAAGUAAGCCGGCUGAGUCCGAAGAGGUCGCCAUGACGGAAGAACAGCGCCAAGAACUAUACAACGCCAUUGACUGGGACGAAAAAAGAGCACUCGCUGAGAGUGUCGAUGUGCCCCGAGAAUGGGUGAAACUUCAGAUCAAUUGGAGUCUUCGGGCAGGUAGCUUCACCUUGAAAAAAGAUCCGCAUGGCGCCAACAAUGAGAUAAUGAAGCUCGUAUUCGACAACUUCCGUGCUAAAGCACUGCAACGCCCGGACUCGUAUUUGCUCGACCUCGAUCUCGGGGGCCUAAAGAUGUACGAUGGAACCACACCAGGUACUCUUUAUCCAAAGAUUGUGAGGGUAAAGGAUUCACUACCCGAGGACGACAAGGAGCGAAACUCGAACCCCGAUGAUGAUGAGCUUGUUUCAGAGGCAGGUGCGAACGAUUUCAUGGACGAAGACAGUCUGUUCCACUUGCAGCUGGAGAAAAAUCCAUUGGACAGUGAUGCAGAUACUGCGGUCAAGGUCAAGCUCAAGAGUAUCGAAGUCAUCUACAACCCCCGAUUCAUCGUGGGUAUCGUGAAGUUCUUCGAGCCUCCAGAGCGGCACAUGGAAUCCAUCGGCGCGCUACUGGAUACCGCAGGAGCUACAGUAGAAGGUCUUCGGCAGCAAACACGUGCUGGCUUGGAGUUUGCCCUGCAAGAGCACAAGAAGGUUGAUGCCCAGUUCGACGUGCGCGCUCCGCUUAUCAUUGUGCCGGAAAGUAUCACCCAGGAAAGCUCUCUAUGUUUAAUCAUCGAUGCCGGUCAUGCAAGUGUGAACAGCGAGCUGGUCGAUCGAAAAGCGAUGAACGACUUGCAAAACAAACAAAAGCGUCAGUAUGAAGAAGAGGACUACAAGCAGCUUGAGCAUUUGUUGUACGACAGGUUCAUCAUCAAACUGGACUCCACCCAAGUCCUCAUCGGACCAGGAAUAGAUGCCACGAAAGCACAGCUCACGAAGGGAGUAGAGUCAAAGAAUUUCCAUCUCAUUGACCGCAUCAAUGUCGAUUUUGUGCUGGAGAUGUGCAUCGUUCCGAAGGUGACUCAGCUCACCAGAACACGUAUUUCAGGCCAUCUGCCGGAACUCCAUGCCUCCAUGUCCGACACGAAAUAUAAGGGACUUAUGAAGCUGAUUGACAUUGCUAUUCCGCAUUUCGAAGAACCCAAAAACGGUUCGUCCAAAGAAGAGGCAGCCUCCAAAAAUUCUGCCAUCACCACCAGAGCUAGAUCAGCCUCCUUCCAGCCAACGCUUCAACGGGACCUUCCUGUCGUUGACGAAGACGAAGACUCAGAUGCCGUUGAUGAGAGCCAAACCAUUCAAAAGAGCCUCGAUUCAGAUGUCAAUAUUCACCGUCGCGACUUCGAGUUCAAGUUUCAUGUUGGGCGUCUUCGAGGAUCGCUAUUCCGCGCUGAUCCUGAAGAAUCACAAAAAGAUAAACUACUAGUGGAGUUGGUUGCGGAAGGGUUCGAGCUCGACUUCUACAUGCGACCAUGUGACAUGGUUGCGGACGUGAUUUUGAAGUCUUUGAGCGUGGAUGAUCACAUUGAGGAGAAUCCGGUCCCUGAAUUCAAACAAAUCAUCUCCUCCACGGGCUUCGACGCGGAUGAAAACAAUGACUUGUUCCACCUGAAGAUGGUGCGAGUCAAGCCAGAAUCUCCUGAGCUUGAUGCUGUGUACGAGGGAGUGGCCAUGAAUCUAGAGAUCUCUGUCUCAACAAUCAAUCUUGUCGUGACUAGGAAGACACUACUCACACUUCUUGAUUUCAUUCUGUUGACAUUCACGAAUCCACAGCAGGAAAACAGCCAGUCUCCUCAGACAGAUGAGUUUGUGGAGCAGAGUCCUGGUAUUGAGCAAGAAGUUCAGGAGGCUGGCAAGAUUCGAAUCAAGUCAAACCUCAAGAGCAUCGCGUUGAUCCUUAACAAUGAUGGUGUACGAUUAGCGACUCUGAGUCUCAACACCGCCGACGUGGGCAUAUUCUUGGUCGGUCGCGCUAUGAAGAUUCAGUCGCGAAUUGGAAGCUUGACUUUGGUUGACGACGUCAAUCUUGGCGCACAACGAGAUUCGGACCUUCGCCGCCUUCUGACAAUUGAAGGCGACGAUUUCGCAGAUUUCAAAUAUGAGACGUUUGAUCCCGACAGUGAAUCACAUCCUGGCUACGAUUCCGAGGUCUACCUAAGGUCCGGAUCCGUCAAGAUCAACUUUAUGGAAGAGCCCUAUCGCAAGAUCAUUAACUUCCUGGUCAAGUUUGGAAAGAUGCAGGCAAUCUUUAAUGCGGCGCGUCAAGCCGCAGCCAACCAGGCAACUCAGCUACAGGAAAGCCAGUCCCGCAUGCGCGUGGAUGUUGAAGUCAAGACUCCCAUCCUGGUGUUCCCACGAGCUAUGGCAGAAGACAGAUCCACAGAUAGCAUCACCGCAUACCUCGGAGAGAUAUACGCCAAGAAUGAGUUUGUUCCGAUGGAUGAUUCCAAAGACAGCCCUUCCGUCAAUGUCAUCUCUACGGGGGUACGCAACAUUCGUCUUACGUCUCAACUACACUACGGCAACGGAAAGGUGGAAGAGCUCGACAUGAUUCAGAAAGUUAAUCUCGAUUUCAGUAUUUGCUAUCUUGAGCAUCAAGCCAACAACCCUCGUCCUGACAUGGAAGUAGAGGGAUCUUUGUCGCCUAUCAAUCUUUGCAUCUCGCAAAGUCAGCUGAAGUUCUUGCUGGAGUUGUCCAAAUCUAUUCCUGGGGCGUUUGCGACCGAUAGUGAACAACAGGAGCUUGAAGCAAUUGAAUCCCUGCCAGAUUCUUUGAAAGAGUCGAGAGAAGAGUCCACUUCAUCGAUUUCCUCGCCUGAUUCGUCCGGUCCCGAGUCAGCGGUCAAUACUGACGGGAGCAAGGAGACAUGGGUGCGACUAGAUAUGAUCUUCAAGGUGGACAGUGUUGGGUUGGAGCUCAUCUUGGCCGAUGACAACCAGCCUGUUGGCCGCCUGGAAGAUGCAAGCCUUUCGAAGUUCUCUCUCAAUGACACGAGAGUCAAGCUCCGUAUGCUGACGGAUGGCUCAUUCGAGUCGGAGCUUCUCAUACAUUCUUUCUCGAUCCGUGACAGUCGUCAACAAGACAAAAACAAGUUCCGCAAUAUCAUGUCCUUGAUCAAUAAUGACGUCCAACAACAAUUCUUGGCAAGCCUGUCAAUGUCCCCUGGCCCAGAAAGACAUGUCACUGCCAUUUUGACGAUUGACAGUCCCCGAAUAAUGUUCGCUCUUGACUAUCUCUCGGCCCUGCAAUCUUUCAGUAACUCUGCAUUUGCUUCAGAAAGCGCCGUUGAGGUUCUUGAAGAGGACACAGAGUCCGCUGAGGGAUCAGACAUUGACUCGGAGGUGGCCGUCUCCGCCAGCAAAGUGUCGGCAGAAGCUCCCACUGCCGAUUCUCAAGUUGGGAAUACGACUGUCUCUUUCAGACUUAAUCUGGUGGAUGCUCAGGUCAUCAUGGUGGCCAAUCCUGCCAUUGCCAAUUCUGAAGCAAUUGUGCUCGGGACAAAGCAGAUUCUCGUUUCCCACCAGAAUGUGUCGACUUUACAAGUACAAAAGGUAGGAAUGUUCUUAUGCCGUAUGGACAAGUUUGAAAAUAGUCGUCUUCGUAUCCUCGACGAUUUUACAGCUGAGGUCACCGUGGACAGCCGGACGCAAGAAAAGGGCUCUGCUUUGACUUCCAUUGAAGCUCAUAUUGAGCCGCUCGUCCUUCGUCUGUCCUUGCGCGAUAUCCUCAUGGCUCUUCAAAUUGUCAACAAAGCCUCCGAAAUGCGUGCUCAGGGCACUCAACAACUCGAAAAUGACGAAGCGAAACGAAUUGGCGACGGAAAAACAAGGGCUCGCUCAGUCAGCAAGGCUUCGUCCACAGUUGUCACACAGUCGCGUCGGCGUGCAAGUCAAACAACGAGUAAACCCGAGACUUGGGUCACUUCACAACGGUCUGCGGUCGUCAAGCGCGAAGAACUAUCUGCAAAGAUUGAUGGUGUCAGAGUCAUCCUGAUCGGCGACUUGCAUGAUUUACCUCUUCUUGACUGGAGUGUCAAAAAGUUCACCGUCGAUGUGAGUGAUUGGUCUUCCACCCUCAAUAUUGACACCAACUUCGAAACUUUCAUCAAUGUCUACAACUUCUCCAAAUCCGCCUGGGAGCCAUUCAUCGAGCCGUGGCACCUUGGCUUCCACGUGGCAAAGGAGGUCAAUCCGGAUGUCUUCUCCAUAGACGCAUUCUCACAUAAGACCAUGGAGCUUACUGUUACAUCCGCGACAAUUGCGCUUGCCUCAAAGUCUUUCCAAUUCCUCAACACCGAAGAGGACGUGCUCUCCAAGCCACGAGGCGCAGACGCUCCUUACAGAAUCCGAAACUACACUGGAUUCGAUCUGAGCGUUUGGGCUGAUACGAAUGCAGGAGACGAGGGCCCUGCCGCGAAACUCAGCGAUGGAGAGGAGUAUCCCUGGCGAUUCGAGGAGUCUACCGCUGUACGUGAGACUUUGACACCGGAGGGCCAUGGUGGGAUUGUAGGAAUCAAGCUGGAGGGAAGCGGGUUCGAAAGCAUCAAUCGCAUUCCUGUUGCGCGCGAAGGCGAGACCAUAUAUAGCCUGAAACCGAAACGUGACAACGUGCUCCACCGGCUCCUUGUCGAGGUCAGGCUUGGCGCAGACAACGUGAAAUACAUCACUUUCCGGUCACCCUUACUUGUCGAAAACAAUACCCAGAUUCCCGUCGAACUGGGAGUUUUCAGCCCGAACGACGGCCAUCUUUUGAAAAUUGAGAAGGUGUUGCCGGGUGAUGCGCGUCCUGCACCUGUGGGCGCGGCGUACAUGCAUUCGCUAGUCAUCAGACCUGACCAGGGCUUUGGCUAUGACUGGUCAAACGAACAGCUUUUCUGGAAGGACUUAUUGAAGAGGCCAACGAGAACCAUUAAGUGUAUCAGCGAGAGUGCCCAGCAAUCUCCGCCUUUCUACUUCCAGGUCAAUGCUUCCUAUAACAAGAAGGACUCAUUGACUAACUCCUACCCUUACAUGCGAGUCCGAAUCUUCGCCCCGGUCGAGAUCCAGAAUCUCCUUCCUUUCGAUUUCAAGUAUCGCAUCUACGACAAGAACACCAAAAAGGACUGGACGAACUUUUUGAGGAAGGGAGGCGUUAGCCCUGUUCACGUUGUCGAACUGUCGCAUUUGCUUCUGCUCAGCAUCGACUUGGAAGAUACAGUGUACAAGCAAAGCGAGUUCGCCAUCGUCAAUGGCAAUUCUCAAGAUUACCGCAGGGAGCACGUCCUCUCUUUGAAGGAUGAUCAAGGUCUUCAACUGAAGCUGAAGCUUCACUACUUCAACAUACCUGAUAGUGGUGGCGCGUUCAAGGUAUCUGUGUACAGUCCUUACGUGAUUCUCAACAAGACUGGACUUCCCAUGGACAUUCAGAGCAAGGCGUUCCUCCAAUCUGCUCGCAACGCUGCCGGUCAGGGAUUACGAGUGGAUCCGCGAGAUGAAGGACGUGCCUUGCCAUACAUGUACUCCUACAACAAUGAUGACCAGAAGAAUCGGUCCAUUCUCAAAGUUGGAGAUUCUGGCUGGAGCAAGCCGCAGAGUUUCGAAGCAAUCGGAAGCACCUUUGAAGUUGUUUUCCCUGACAGACAAGGAAGGUCCGAAUUCCACUCUGGCUUUUCGGUCACUGAAGGCCAAGGAAAGUACAAAUUGACCAAGGUUGUCACGGUCACUCCACGAUUCAUUCUAAAGAGCAAGCUCAACGAGGAAUUGUUGGUCCGAGAGCCUGGCUCUUCGAAUGUAAUCCAAAUUGGCAGCGGAGAGCUUGUGCCCUUGCACUUCCUUCGGCAAGUGGCCGAGAAGCAGCUGUGUCUUUGCUUCCCUGGUGUGAACAAUCAGUGGUCGUCUCCCUUCAACAUUGCGGACGUAGGUACGGUUCACGUGAAAUUGGCCAAAGCGAACCAGCGCCAGAAGUUGAUCAAGAUCGAUGUCAUCAUCGAAGAUGCUACUAUCUUCCUGCAUCUCAGCGUUGAGACGCGAAAUUGGCCGUACUCCAUGCGCAAUGAAAGUGACUUGGAGUUUAUCUUCUUCCAAGCCAACCCCAAUGCUGAAGAUGAUGAAGUCGAUCGCUCGAGUGGAUGGCGACCCAUUCGCUAUCGCUUGCCGCCUCGGAGUAUCAUGCCCUAUGCCUGGGAUUACCCGGCGACGAAGAACAAGUCCCUUGUUCUCACAUGCCAGGGUAAAGAAAGACAUAUCAGAAUCGCGGAGAUCGGUAACCUGAUUCCCAUGCGGAUCCCUCCAUCAAGACCCGGCGAGUACCAGAAGAUCAUCGAUAUCAACAUCGUGGCCCACGGACCUACUCAGACGUUAGUGCUGUCCAAUUUCAAACCUUCAAAGAGUCUUUACAAGCAGCAGAAGGGGCAAUCGUCCCAAAACAGUGUGACUGCCGGAUUUGAAGUGAAGGAGACGAAUUCGGACGUGACUUUCAAGGCUCAGCUCCGACUUGGGGGUAUUGGCAUCUCGUUGAUCAACCAAAAGAUGAAGGAAUUGCUCUAUAUGACAUUCCGAGAAAUUGAGAUCAAGUUCCGCGAAUCGAGAGUCUAUCAAACCCUCAACACAUCCAUCAAAUGGAUACAAAUCGACAAUCAACUGUAUGGCGGCAUCUUCCCAAUGCUGUUGUAUCCCAGUGUGGUUCCUAAGACUGGAAAGGAAAUGGAGGCGCAUCCGAUCUUCCAUGCGAUGAUCACCAGAGUCAAGGAUGAUUCGUAUGGUGUUCUCUACAUCAAGUACGCGACAUUGUUGUUGCAACAGAUGACACUUGAAGUCGAUGAAGACUUCAUCUAUGCACUUCUCGAUUUUGUCAAGAUUCCCGGGGCUUCGUGGUCCGAGCCCCAAGAAGGGCAGUUAUGUGACGAAGACUUCAACAUCCCGGAACCCCAGCAGAACGAUGCUAGCCGGGAUGUCUAUUUCGAACUACUCCACCUACAGCCCAUGCAGCUGGAUAUCUCGUUCAUGCGUACCGAACGCAUCAACGUCGAAGAUACGAUGCAGCCCUCUAAUCCUUUGAUGUUCGUCGUCAAUGUCAUGACAAUGUCCAUGGGUAAUGUGAAUGAUGCACCAGUCAGACUCAACGCGCUGAUGCUUGAGAAUGCCCGAGUCUCCUUUGGCAGACUAGUCAGCAAUAUUCAAGCACACUAUACCCAAGAAUUCGUUCGUCAAGUCCAUGUCAUCCUUGGAUCGGCAGACAUCAUCGGAAAUCCCGUUGGUCUUUUCAACAACAUCAGUUCUGGUGUUGCGGACAUUUUCUACGAACCAUACCAAGGCUUGGUCAUGACUGAUCGACCUCAAGACUUGGGCUUCGGCAUUGCCAAGGGAGCCACCAGCUUCGUGAAAAAAUCCGUGUUUGGAUUCUCAGACAGCAUGGCAAAGUUCACGGGCAGCAUGUCCAAGGGGCUCGCAGCGGCUACUUUGGAUAAGGAAUUCCAAGACCAGCGCCGCAUGUCAAAAUCGCGCAAUCGUCCUAAGCAUGCCCUCUAUGGUAUAACAGCUGGUGGCAAUGCGUUCGCAACCAGCUUGGCCAGCGGGAUUGGCGGUCUGGCCCGUCACCCACUGCAAGGCGCAGAGAAAGAAGGCGUUGCAGGUUUCAUCAAGGGUGUCGGAAAGGGAUUCUUGGGAUUGGCGACCAAGCCCGCUAUCGGUGCUUUCGAUCUCGCAUCUAAUCUUGCCGAGGGCGUGCGUAACACGACCACUGUCUUUGACGCCGAGGGCCUCGAUCGUGUUCGGUUGACUCGGUUCAUUGGUACCGAUGGUAUUGUCCGUCCGUAUUCUCAACGUGAAGCACUCGGUCAAUUCUGGCUCAAGACCACCGACGACGGCAAGUACUUCAACGAAGAUUACAUUGCUCACUUGGAGCUUCCUGGCCGCGACAUGUUGGUCCUGUUAACCUACGCACGGAUCAUGCUUGUGCGCACGAAGAAGCUCUACACGGAGUGGGAUAUCCGCCUGACGGAUAUCCAAACCAUCUCCAAAGAACGCACUGGCAUGAGUAUCACGCUCAAGGGAGGUGCCAACGGGCCUUUUAUUCCUGUCCAAGAUGAAAGUUCCCGAAAUUGGCUGUACAGACAGAUUGCUAUCGCGGUCAACGCCUUUAAUGAAAAGUACAAUCGAGGAUAG